AAUCUUUGUUUAGUAAUGGAGUCUCUGCAAUUAACUCGCCCAGUGUCCUGCAAAUUAUCUGUCAAUAUUUCUGAUCAUGCUCUCAGUGUGAGACCGAGUUUUGUUGAUUUGAGUCAUUUGAUGAGAAAGAAUUUUCGAAUAGGUAAAUUGACAAUAGUAAAAUCGGAUAUGACCAGAAAUGGAGGUGAGUUCGACGGUUUAGCUGACGACUCUGAUUUCAAUUCCGAUUCUCUCGAUGAAGAAGAAGUAGAAGAAAAACAAGAGGAAAAGCAAGGCGUUCUUCUGGGGAUAGACAGGGAUGAAUCCGGCUCUGUCAUUGCCUUGCAUUUGAUUCCACCUUCUGGUGAAGUCGCUAUUGACUCUCAUCAAGAGGAGGAUGUCAAACCUGAAGAAGAACAUGAGGUAAUUGAAGAAGAAAUAAUACAACCCCGAGUAACCUAUAAUAUAGUAUUCGUUACGGCCGAAGCAGCACCGUAUUCGAAGACCGGUGGAUUAGGAGAUGUUUGUGGUUCUUUGCCCGCGGUGUUGGCUGGCCGCGGACAUCGUGUCAUGGUUGUCUCUCCUAGAUACCUCAAUGGUACGUCCGACGACAAAAACUUUGCUGGUGCUUUCGAUCUUGAUCGGCGCAUCAAAGUACAUUGCUUUGAAGGGGAGCAAGAGGUUGCAUUCUUCCAUGAGUAUAAGAAUGGCGUUGAUUGGGUAUUUGUGGACCACCCUUCAUACCAUAGACCUGGAAAUCCUUAUGGUGAUAGUCAUGGUGCCUUUGGCGAUAACCAGUUUCGUUUUACCCUCCUUUGUCAUGCUGCAUGUGAAGCUCCUUUAGUGCUUCCACUGGGAGGGUAUACAUAUGGGGGGAAGUGUUUUUUCCUCGUCAAUGAUUGGCAUGCCGGUCUAGUUCCAGUGCUUUUGGCUUCCAAAUACCGUCCAUACGGAACUUAUAAAGAUGCUCGGAGCAUCCUUGUAAUUCAUAACCUUGGACAUCAGGGAGUGGAACCUGCAGUGACAUAUAAGAACUUGGGAUUGCCUCAGGAGUGGUAUGGGGCACUGGAAUGGGUGUUUCCAACAUGGGCACGAACACACGCUCUUGACCCAGGGGAAGCAGUCAAUAUUUUAAAAGGUGCAAUCGUGACGGCUGAUAGAAUACUUACUGUUAGCAAGGGCUAUGCUUGGGAAAUAACAACGGUUGAAGGUGGAUAUGGUUUAAACGAGCUAUUAAGCAGUCGAAGGAUUGUUCUAAAUGGAAUUGUGAAUGGCAUUGAUGUUUCGGAAUGGGAUCCAUCUUCAGAUAAGCAUAUCGGAUUCCAUUAUUCUGCUGACGAUCUCUCCGGGAAGGCGCAAUGCAAGACCGCUCUUCAAAAGGAAUUGGGCCUUCCAAUUAGGCCUGAAUGUCCCUUGAUUGGAUUCAUAGGGAGAUUGGACUACCAGAAAGGAAUCGACCUAAUCCGUUGGGGGAUUCCCGAGCUUAUGGAAGAUGAUGUACAAUUUGUAAUGCUUGGCUCUGGUGACCCUCUGUAUGAGGACUGGAUGAGAGCAGCAGAGACAACUUACAGAGAUAAAUUCCGCGGUUGGGUCGGAUUUAACGUUCCGAUUUCUCAUCGGAUCACUGCAGGCUGCGACAUACUGUUGAUGCCUUCAAGAUAUGAACCUUGUGGAUUAAAUCAAUUGUAUGCAAUGAGAUAUGGUACUGUACCAGUAGUACAUGCCACAGGAGGACUUAGAGACACGGUAGAGAAUUUCAGUCCGUAUGCUGGGGACGGUAGCGGUGAAGGCACAGGGUGGACUUUUUCUCCCCUUGCGAAAGAUCGUAUGCUCGAGGCGUUAAGGACAGCUAUAAUGACCUACAGAGAUCACAAGUCAACAUGGGAAGCAUUGAUGAGAAGAGGUAUGCUAAGAGACUCCACCUGGGAAACUGCCGCCAUUCAAUAUGAGCAGGUUUUCGAAUGGGCUUGCAUUGAUCCUCCGUAUAUUCCAUGAUCGGAAAAACCGGAAGAAGGAAUGUCGGAAUCACAAAAAUGG